AUGACAAAUAUAAAUGUUUCCAUAUGCAGACUGGAGACUGAUUGCAAUCCUAUGGAGUUGCCCAAUAAUAGGGGGUUUGAAGAGGAUUCUGAUUAUAAAGACUUUGAAGGAACGGAUGUGAAAGAUAUGAGACUAGAAGCUGAAGCUGUUGUGAAUGAUGUUCUGUUUGCUGUCAGCAACAUGUUUGUCUCAAAAACCCUUCCCUGUGCAGAGGAUGUGGCAUAUAUCAAUGUGGAAACCAGGGAAAGAAACAGAUACUGCCUGGAGCUCACCGAAGCAGGACUCAGGGUAGUAGCUUAUGAUUUUGAUCAGACUGAUGACAGAUUGCAAACUCCGUACCAUGAAACUGUCUACUCCUUAUUGGACUCUCUCAGCCCUGCAUAUCGAGAGGUGUUUGGAAAUGCAUUACUACAAAGACUAGAAGCUUUGAAGAAAGAUAGUCAGUCAUGAUUUACCCAGAAGUGAGGAAGGUUUAAUUCUAGAAGGAGUUCUUAGUAUGAGGCACUGAGAUCUUUCUUAAAAAUGUAAUCACAAACAUCUUAAGUUUCAUUUCUUGCAUUAAUAUCUAAUUCAUGCUAGUACUACUCUAUAACAUUUUGCUACAGUGGAUUUGCAUAUAUCACAGUGCUAUUAAAAGCCACUUCAAUAAAUUGCAAAAUUAAUAAACUUUUUUGUUUUCUUUUUUGUUGUAGGUGAGCAAGUAAGUUGCUUCUUAAAACAUUCAAAAAAUUUGGUCUCUUUUCAAAGUGUUUUAUUCAAAACUGAAAAAAUAUAUAAAGAUUGAGUGUUAUAUAUACAAGUAGUAAUUCUUUUUUGUGUGUGCUUACCGAUAAUUUUCAUAUCUGCUUUAUAAAAUAUAAGCUAACUACUUGCUUUACCCAAUUAAUGAAAAAUAAUUGGGAAAACUACUGUUCUGCAAAGAACAGAAUUUCAGCUUGAUUUGCUAUACAUAAAUCUGAAAAUUCGCAGCUUUGAUAACAAGAAAGAUAGUUCUUGAACAGUUGGGCGUUUCUUGUAUACUGACAGUAUCUGAGUUAAUAGCAAGGCUCAGUAUUAUUUGAUCUGUCCUUGUCUAUGGCAACCAGCAAACUCAAAAUAAUAAAUGAGAAGUACUGCUAAUAUAUGAAUGUAUUGUCUGAAUCACAAAUGAGUUAAGCACAGAAUUAGGAUGUAAUGGGCUACAUUUCCUAAAGAUUAUGCUAUAUAUGUGCUAUAUAUAUAUGUAUGCUAUACUG